AUGCUUGCUGCAUAUACCACUCUUUUCACUUUAUCAAUAUUAUUGUUUGGCCUGGCAUCCUCGGAGUAUCCGAGGUAUGACAGGACACUACCUCACCUAGGUUCUUGGGUUUUCCAGAUAGUAGGUAACAAUAAGAGAUGGAUAGGAGAGUUAGAACUAUGGGGAGCAUUCUCUCUACAAGCCACUACUACAGCUAUAUCGGUAUGGGACGUUUGCAUAGACUGCAAACAUGGGAAUGCGAAUGCCCCUGGCCCAUGUAAAGAUUCUAUUAUGGGACUGAUUUACUCUUCACUCAGUACUUUUUUCAAUCUAGGCUACCGUAUUAAAGGUAUCGACCACGGUCGGGUUUCAGUAGAUGAUACUGAGUUGAUAGAUAUGGCAGGUAAUAUAGUCAAGAGAUCACGUGAUACCACCGUGAGCUCUUACGAUAUUCUUGUGAAUGCUAUACUAGCAUUGACAGUGAUUCUGGACUGGUACUACUUGAUGUAG